AUGCAGAGCGUUCUUUUGCUCGUCGUUUGUACGGCGGCUGCUAACGCCUUCUAUUUCAAGCGGACACUUUACGGAGACGCGAAUGAAGGUGCACAGGCUCCGGAUUAUGUGAAUGCCUAUUAUGUAUGUUGGAUAGAAAUAAGAUAGAGAGACGGGGUUGAAUGUGUUCAGGGAUUCCCGUCAGCUCCACCACAGGAACCACGCCGUCGGCCUUCGUUCAACUUGUACCCUCCUCAAGGAUACUUCCGCAGAGAGCAUCCGUUCGACUUCGGUCCUUUCGGACACAGGAGUGAACAAUCAGAAUUCAGAAUGGGAGAAGCCAAUCUCGGUGAGAAGACUGAUCGUGAGCGUGCGAUGGAGAAGGCGAAGCCAGGAUUCUGGAGACAAAAUCAACGCGAGACGAUGGACAGAAUCAAGAAGAUCAUUGAGGAGAAGAGAAUGGAUAUGGAGCAGAAGCACGUGCAAAUCAGAAAAGUGCUUGCUAGCGAAGGAGCCGAGAUCAGAGUGAGAAAACGAUACAUUACUACAAUAAGUUUUUAUUAUUCCAGUCCAAGUUUGCCGAUCUCCACAAGAGACUCUUAAUGAAGAACAUCAAGAUGGCGUCUACUGAUUCUCCAGUGCCGGAACUCAGCCGACAGGCGAAGAAGAUUGAGAAGGAAGCCAAGAAGAUUAUGGAAAACGGAAAAAUGAGUGUGGAGAAGAAGCAAGAAAAGCUCGACAAGCUCAUGCUCAAGGCUCCAGAGUCGGUGAAAGCCGAGCUGAACGCCAUCAAUGACUCCGGGUAACGCGGUCUUCCGAAUCCCUCAUUCCGUCCUUCUUUCCAGAACUUCUUCCGCUCCUGCUCUAGUCGUUUCUCCUCCUGCUCCACUGCCCUCUCAGCUGGAAGUUCUCAAUCGUUCUCAGCAGACUCAAGCAGUCGUGGAGGCUCGUCAGAUCCGAGUAUCCGAGGACGGCAAGACCGUCGAAUUCUAA